AUGGGAACCUUUAUUGGUCAUGUGUACCCAGGACUAUUUCUAAUCUUAUAUGGACUGUAUCAGGCAAUAGUAGUCUCCAAAGCCGUGAUACUCAAAGACUCUCUGCUGGAUUCUUCAUGCCAUCCUAGGAAUAAGGGAAGAUGGGCCAGGCUGUGGAAAAUAUCCUAUGGAGGUUUGCUGAAGAUGGUGACUGGCUCCAUCUUGAUAGCUUAUGAGAUCAAUUGCAUUAAAGGAGGGUUGAUACUGAUGAACAGAGAGUUGCCACCAAGAUUUAUGUACCCCAAACAGUGGCAGCACCUCACCAUGUUCAUCCUCCUCACCCUCAGUGGCUGUGCAGAUGGCAUGAGCAAGAACUUGCUGCCUCAGAGGUGUGUGCUUCUAGAAAAAGGUACUCUGGCCCUGACCUUCUAUGUGCUCCUGCUGUUGUUGACGUCACAUGUCCAGGACUCAACAGGGAUAGAGCUUCAGACACAUUGUCUGCUCAUCUUGGUGGUGUUCCUACUGAUGCUGGUGUUGACUAUAGAGCUGUGGACUCCUGACACAUUUCACCUCUUGCUGAUUGAGGCUUUUCUGUUUCUGAUGAUGGGCUCCUGGCUGAUACAGGCAGGCUUUAUUCUGUACAAGCCAGUCACUGGCUACCCGUGGCAGGAUGAUGACAUCAGUGACAUCAUGUUCAUCACCACCUUCUUCUGUUGGCAUGUGAUGAUCAAUGCUUUGGGUCUGCUGGGAAUCUAUGGCAUCUCUUCCCUUUGGCAUCGUUGUUACGGUACCAGCUUGAAGCUGAUGGGAUCCAAAGAAGCUCCAUAUCACAGGAGCACUGUAGGAUCCCUCUACAAAUUGCUGCAGGAAGUGGAUCCAUCAGAGAAAGAUGACCAGGCUCUUCUCCUUUCAAAAAACCCUUCCUGAGACAGCCUAGAAUGCCUGGCACAUUGUCCACCCAUCUUCCACCUUGCAGGUUCUCAGACAU